CGAGAUCGUCGAGGGAAUUGGUUGAAAAGCACCCGUUUGCACAGCAUCAUGACGGACCGCGCGGCAAUGCUCAAGCACACGUCCAUGCACAAAGGCCUGACCAACCACAUCGGACAGAACAACUGCUUCUUAAACGUGAUCAUCCAGUCUCUGUGGCACUUGGACAGCUUCCGCGUCCUCAUCAAGACGAGCGAUCACACGACGCUGCACACGGUGCACGACACUUGCCUCCUCUGCGAACUCAAAGAAAUAUUCACGUACUACGAGUUCAGCGACGAGCAAGCGCUUGCGCCCGACAACGUCCGCGUGGCACUCAACAUGCUGAGCUCGCAAACAGAUCGGUUUCGGCUGGGUGCGAUGGCCGAUGCCACGGAAACCCUCGACACCAUCCUGGCGUCCAUGCACACUGACCAAGUCCGCCACCACGCUCUUACGGCCACAGACGCGACGGACGCACGCUUGGUAUCCCCGCCCGCGUCCCUUGCGUCCUCGAUCGAAAUCAAGGACACCGACUGCAAUCCCAAGUGCAUUGGCCACGCUCUCUUCGAAUCCAACAUGUUUGACAUGUAUCGGUGUGGGAAAUGCGGCGCCACGUCCGAGCCAGAGAUGUGGAAGGAUACGCUGUACCGUGUCUACUUUGCCGAGCUGUACGAUUUCGUGUCAAUGUCGGCGACGAAAUCCUCCAUCUUCCGCGGGAGCUCCCCCACCGCGGCGAAGCAGCACUCGUUUGAGGCGGUGCUGCGAACGCUGUGGAACGAAGGGUGUCGGCGAUCGUGCCCAGACAGCGACCAGACCCAGUGUCCCGGCCCCUGUCUCAUGGAUCGGUAACUUGGUGACUGUCAUGCAGGUCGGGCGCUUGACCAACCUCGCUCGACGGAUGGUUCGUAGGUGGCUCAUGAAAUUUCCAAUUGUGUUUGCCGUGAGCAUUGUGUGGCCGUCGACAACGGUUGGUGGCACGGAACUCAAAGCGUUCGGCAACAUCAUCCCCCACGAACUCGACCUUGGGCAGAUCUUCCACCUCGGCGGAGAUGCCGCCGACUUGGCCAAAGAAGAGGCGAUCUACGUCUUUCGAGGAAUGGUGUGCUACUAUGGCCUCCACUACGUGAGCUUUUUUCAGUCCCAGUCGGGACGCAACGAGUGGUAUCUCUUCGACGACGUCCAAGUCCACAGGAUUGGCACGUGGGAAGAAGUUCGUCGGCGCAUCGAGCGCGGGUGCUACCAACCGACGAUUCUCUAUUGGGAGAAGAACCAGCUCAAAUUUGACCAGCUCGAAACCCUCGCCCAGCAAGUUCACUUGGCACCGACGUCACCACGGCCGGGGAGUCCUCACAAGCACCCUCCCGCCGCACCGGUUGCUCCGUCCGCCGCACCUUUGCCGCUCGACCCGCUAGCAAGUGCAGUCAAGCUGUCGCCGCCGAAACCAGGUCGUCCAAAGCUAGCGUGCCAAGUCUUCACGUCGAAUGUCGCCUCCAUCUCACCCAAGUCACCACCGCUAGCACCCGAGCAAGUCGAGUCGCUCGCCGCGCUGGAUACGCUCGAGGCACUGGACGAGGAGCUUCAAACGUCUUCCCCCACUCGUACUAGCCAAGCCACCUCGCCUCCAUCGUUCCCAACCCCCCAUGCUGCCAUGCUGACGAGCCCACGAGCAGGACGAGCGACGCCGCCAUCGUCGUGGGAAAUCUUGCGUGCGCCGGCAGAUUCGUCCCCGGAUGGUGUAUGCCGCUACAUCGUUCGUCUCACUGCGGAAGAUGGUGGGCUCGGGCUUGUGGUUGGCGACCACCAAUUCAGCAAUACACCCACUGAAGCAGUACCACCUCAUCUGACGCACUUGACGAUUACAGAGCUGGAAGCACCGUCGCGAAACUCGGAUCGAACCAAGCCACCAUUGCCCGCGGUUGCGUGUGGAGUCAUAUCUGUUGGCGAUUUCCUCCUUCAAGUAGAUCGAGAGGCUGUCGACACAACGUGGACUCCCAUGACAGCAAUGGAACGCCUCGUAACAGCUUCCGGACCCAUCACGCUGACGUUAGCGCGCCUUGUACCAUGGAGCUGUACCUACUGCACACUUAUCAACGACGUGGGCGCAACAGAGUGCGCCGCAUGCGACCGGCCGAAGCAAAAGAUAGCGAACGCAGCUAGCCCAAAAUCGCAGGAAGGCCACGGCGGACAAAAAAACAGGUUGGCAAGUAAUGAAGUAUUCGUGUAAGUGGGCGAACGUACCGGCGACACGAGGCAGGCGAUCAUGCGUGCCUUACACCGCCGUCACGAGAAAGGGCGCGCAGGGUCAUAGCCCGAAUGCACUGCCGAGAUGGCACCAGCAUCAGCGACAGCCAUU